UGGGGUUUGGCUCUUAACUACCAGGCGUGUCUCAGCUGUGGCUGAGAGGAGGUGCUGAACAGUAGCUGCACUGCCUUCUUCCCAGAGCUUCAACCUGCCCCGGCGUCUUUGUGGAGAAUCCCUUCAUGGAUCUCAGGAGAGGAGGAAGCCUUUAGAAUCGGUGACGCAGAACCGACAUAACGGUCCCUAAGGAACUGAGCCAAAGUGUGUGACCAGGAGGAAUAUCUUCUACCACUGGCCCAAGCGAGAAGGACUAAGAAAAGAGAGCGUCCGAUCCGAAUCCAACCAAGGGACUGUUCACAUUCAGAGUUUCAGGCUAUUGGCUGGACCGGUAACAGAUCUGGCCCUGCGAGCUUUGGAACUGAGGACCGAGACCGGAUUUCAUCAGCCAGCAAUGGAAUCUCAGGAGUCGGAAUUUGAAAUCGAGUACCUCGUGGGGCAAACUGCUGGCACCACCUCAGAGGAGCCGUCAGGAUCUUAUGCUCCCCCGGAGGAUCAGGCAUGGUUGGUGCUCAGGAUUUGGGUGGAGGGUGCCCGUGACCUAGAGGGUAACAGCAAGCCGGAUGAGGCUAAAGGGGUCGCCAUACAGGCUUUAGCAGAGGGCCUGCAUGAUUUGUGGCGUAAACUGGAAGGCAAGGACUUUUGGAUAGAAACCAUAUCAUCUUACAAUUUAGCUGAAGUGGAUAGGAAUUGGAUGGAGAAGAGGGUGGGGCUCAGCAGAGGAUGGGGCUACAUCGUAAAUAAGAGAUGGAAAGUGGACCCCAAUGGCCCCAUUAUCCGGGACCCACGUGUACUGCGGUCUGCCUUACAGACUCUAGUAGAGAGCAUUCAUGAUCUGUGGUAUCGACUGGGUCAAAGAGAAGAUUCCAAGGAUUCCCGUCCUUGGGAGUUUAUCGUAGAAACCGGAUCAUUUGUCGAUGAAUUUCCGGAUAUCCCAAUGAAAGGGGAAGGGGAGAUGGAGGAAGAGAGUGGAGAGGAAGGAGACGAAGAAUGGUGGGAAAAGGGAGCAGACACCAACGUACAUGACAUUUGGGGUCCGGGGGUGGAAGAGUCUGACAUUGACACAGAUGAGGAAUCAAACCCAGAAGAUGGGGCAGUCAUGCAUUAUUCCCACUUCAAGGCACUUGCCCUCUGGGAGAGUCCCAAGUACAUGACCGGUAAGAAGGGCAUGGCACGGGGAAUGUGGGAUUUUGAGCCACUGAAUGGUAUCCUGCGGGAAAUUGUCCCACCUGUGUGGGAAGACACCUCCGAAGCCUGGGCCCGUGAUAGCCUGGAGGCUGACCAGCAGCAGGUGACCCCCUUCCAUUUCCUCCCUAAGCAUAAAUGGUACCCCCUUCUUGAGGAGAGUAGUGAGGAAGACGUUCAGCCCAUACACAUCCUAGAGGAUCGAGGUGAUUUCAUGCCAGGGGUGUCACCCUCUGAUGCUCCACUGUGGCCAGCGAAGAAGUCGCGUGCCCCAUGGAGCUCGAGGAUUGACUCCUGGGCCUUGAGUGAGGCAACAGCCCAAUUGAUUCCAAUGGUAACCACCUAUCAAGGGUCAGAGGAUAAGGUCCCAGAGAAUGCGCCCUGGCUCCCGGGACCGAGCACUGACAAUUGGUUUUUGAGCAGACCACUAGACCCCUUCAGCCAACCUAAGAUAACCUUUACUUGGGGGAAGCAGCGAUACUGCUGGACUAGGCUGCCUUGGGGGUUUCUUCAUAACAUAGCCAUUUUUCAUCCAGCAGUGCAGGGUGUUCUCGCAGAGCUCUACCCCAGGGUGGCCCCAGAUGAGAAAGAGCUCCUCUGUUGGGGGGUUUCUGAGGAGAAGACACAAAGGGUGACCGGUAUCAUCAUCAAGAGAUUGACCGGUGUGGGCCUCAAGCUUGAUGCACACGAGGCUCAGUUGGUCCAAAGAGAAGGGUCCUUUUUAGGCCUCAAGGUUGAGGCUUGUAAGUGGAAGCUGGGCCCUAUCAGUCUGAUCCUAAUCAAUCCAAACCUUGCCUCCUGCAACCUACCUGCAAUCAGUCCAACCAUGUAGGGGACUGCUGGAGGUUUUGCUAAAGGUUCUGCCCCGAUGUCACUGCCCUACAAGCCCUCUAGAGACAUUAGUAAUCUCGUAAGUGGAAGCGAUAAUGAUGAUGCUGGGAUUGGUAAAGGAUUGACUAUUAGGUGUUGAAAGCUGUGCUAAGAGCUGGAUUUGAGCAAAGAAAAGUCUGAAGGAAGUCAUUUUUCCUGGCCCCAGUGUAAGGGACCCCAAGAGUGAAUCUCCCAGGCUUCCCUGAUGGAGAAGGUCGCAGUUCCCAAGUUAGAAGAGUUAGUUGGGAGGCCAGUGCCUCCCAUCCUUAUUCCCCAGUGGAACAGAUAUUUGAAGAAUGCCAAAGGGGAUUGUUGGGAAUAAACUGAGCCCUUCAGAAGUUCACACACCUGACAGGAGAGUGUUCUGGGACUGUACAGACACUCCAGAUCACCCCAUAAUCCACUUGGGUUGAGCUGCUUCGGGGAAUCACUGAUAUGGAGAGGCAUGCCCCACACUGAAAUUGUGGGCUUUGGCACUCUCCAAUCCCCAGAUCUAGGACCACAAAUUAAAGGUGAUGGAUCAGGAGGCUCUGGGAAUUCUCUUGAAAGUUAGACUACAUUUCUGUGGAGCAGGUUAGUAGAAUGGUCCUCCAUUCCUCAUUGACAAGCUUCCCCGUGCUCCAGGCACCAUUCCAGUCUGGUCAGCGGUAUUCAAGUGACAGGGAACGAUAGAUGUUUUACCUAAGUAUCACAAGUCAAAAAAGGAGUCUAAAAGUGGAAACCAUCCUUUUCCCCAGGAACACUAGGCAGAUACUGCCACUAGCAUUUCCAAGGAAAUGCCUCAAAGCCAACAGCCUACCUCAUCCAAAUUAUCCCUUUAGUUGGCUCUCCAGGCUGCCCCUGGGGCAGACCACUUUCUGGAACAAUUGCUUCCUACUCAUCUUCCCCCACUGCUGCCUCACCUCUCUCCUUGAGCCCAUAACCCCCAAAGCACUCAGUGGCUCAUCCCCACCCACCACCGCAUUCAUGCAAAUGUCCUUAUCCUGGGUUCCUAACCCUAACUGUAAUUCAUUUUACUCUCCAUCUCUCUAGCUAGAGAAUGUGCUCCUCCAAGGAAAAGACUGUGCCUAUUUUUUCUCUUAUACUGCCCAAUCUUCCCCAAUGACGAUGCCCACUUCCUUGUUUUCAGGGUUCUUUGGUGAGGUGAUUCAAUUGUUUGCCCAUUUGCCUUUUUCAAUGAAUACUGAAUUGGGGGAGGCACUGUUAUAGCAGGUUGGGUUUGGAUGGCAAAUCCCAAGUCAAUCCACCCUAAUUGUGGGAACCAGUCCUAGCCAACAUGGGUUAGGGGUAUUUUCCAAGCUGUUAGGACAUAGAUGCUCACUGAAAUGGAUGAAGGAAUGCGGUAAGUGGCCUGUGUGUCACUGUGGGAGGAGUGGGGAGAAGAAUGGAAAGAGUGUAAGCACAUGAUAUUAAAAGUAUUGCUGUUUAUCGCUAUUGCUCUCUCUGUAACCUAUCGUAGUUUUGGAAGGGUAAAUAAAGUUUGUUUCUGACCAUA